CUGCCUCGCACCCGAGGUUUUCAAUAUAGGCUAUCUUUCGUCCUUGACUUCUCGGUCUCGCCUUCUACCAGCAUUGUCCUCUGUGUUCCAAGACCUUGAUCACAUUGAGUCUCAUCGACCACGAGACCAUGAUUCUGUCUCGGAGAGGAUCCCUUUAUACGAACUCCACGAGUUAGCUCAGAAUGGCGCGGUCGAUGGCUAUAGGCACCGGAUUUGGAGGCUCAUGCGUGGCCAAAUACCCCCCUUUGAAGAGGCCAAAUUCGCACAGCAACAACCCCGAGAAUUAGCGACACAUCCAGAUGAGACCUCGAGAGACCUGAGCUUUGAUUCCAUGGCUUCUUAUGGAGCUAGAUCAGAGGACGAAGCCUCACUCCGUGAUGAACUUGACCUUGCGACCAACGAUGAGCUUCAAGCAUACCAACAUCGCAACAUCCUGGAGACUUUGUCAGAUGUCGAUACAGAUUUUGGCCAGAACAUAGCUCCUUCAAGGACAGUUGACGAGAAUUCGUUUUUGUCUUCUUCACCCCUGACUAUGAAGUUCCUUGCGGACCGGAGCGAGCUUGAAGACGAGCAAGAGGAAUGCGACGACGAGGGCGGCUACCCAGAAGACAUUUCGAACUACAACGUCAAUCUAGAAGCUUUUGGCUCGCUAUGCUCACCGCUACCACUCUCAUGUUUCGGAGGGCCUUCUGACCCAAAUAACGAGGCAGACAUAGAGGCGCAUAGGCCGGGUUGGGCUUUCGACUUGGCAGACGCGUCACUGCCACCUCUUCAUUCAACGCGAGAACUAGUCAGGCGCACUCCUGGAAGUCACAGCGACUGGUCAAAUUCCGGUCUUAAUAUGGAGGACGAGAACGAUUUCGGAGCGGGGUUUGAUGCCGAUGACCCCCCAAGGCUAAGGUCGACAUCCCUUGUAUCCUACAGCGAUUGGCGAAGUGACGAGGACAAGGGGCCGCUCUCGGAGCUAUCGUUCCAAACAACCAGCAAUGACCGCCAACCGGAUGGUGAUGAGAUAUACGGAGAACCUGAGUUCGGCCGUUGGGAAACCAUACCCCAGGAUCACGUGUGGCCAAAUGAGGUCUUCUCCGGAAGCGAAAUUGACCUUGACGAAGACAACCAAAUCGAGUAAAUCAACCUUUGGAAACUUACUGGUAGCCUGUAGGCUGAUAUAUCGCCAAUGUCUACACCGAGGUCAUAGAAACGGAGUUUCAAGUGAUAUAUUGCAAGAAAUGGAUGUCGAACGCAGCCUGUGACAUUC